AUGGCGCCGUCUUGGCUGACAGUUGGUUUCCUCGGUUUGAUCCGGGUGACCGGAGCUCUGGGACCGCAACUUAGCCCGGCUCAGAUGUGGAAGGAGUUCCAUCUCCAACCCGAGCUCGAACCCGCUGCCGAAGGAGCUGCAGGCCCCGAAGUCGUCCGAUUAUUCGCCAACGACAGCGCCCCCGGCGCGCCGGAUCCGUCCACUCUCUACCGGCCUUUCAACUUUUCGGUUCCCAUUGACCACUUCCACAAUGAUUCCAUGUACGAGCCGCACUCGAAUGGCAGCUUUCCUCUCCGAUACUGGUACGACGACCGGUUUUACAAGCCUGGAGGCCCUGUCAUCGCUCUGGCAGCGGGUGAAACCAGCGGCGCGGGCCGCUUGCCUUUCUUGCAAAAGGGCAUCGUUGCCAUUCUAGCCGAAGCAACUAACGGAGUCGGCGUCAUCUUGGAACAUCGGUACUACGGCCGCAGCUACCCCACCCCAGACUUCAGCACGGAAAACCUGCGAUUCCUUACGACGGACCAAGCCUUGGCGGACACUGCUUACUUUGCUAAGAACAUUGUCUUCCCCGGCAAAUUGGCGGGAGUAAAUUUGACGGCACCGGAGACACCGUGGAUCGUGUACGGAGGCUCGUAUGCCGGCGCAUUUGUCGCGUUCCUGCGCAAACUGUAUCCUGAAGUCUUCUGGGGCGCGAUCUCUUCUUCUGGCGUCACUGCCGCCGUGGUUGACUUUUGGGAAUACUAUGAAGCCGCGAGACGUUUCGCCCCUGAGGGAUGCGCAGAGACGACGCAGAAGCUGAUGCACAUGGUGGACAACAUCCUGAUGCAGAAGGGCAACACGACUGAGGAGGACAUUGUGACACUCAAGACUGCCUUCGGACUCCCUAACGUCACUGCGAGCGUCGACUUUGCGAGCGCGAUUGGGGGCGGCAUUGCAGGGCUACAGGGUCGGAACUGGGACCCAGCCCUUGACAGCGACGACUUCCUUCUCUACUGUGGUAACAUGACCUCAGACGAACUCGUGUGGCCCGCGACGGAUAGCCUUGACUCCAGUGCUCGCUACCUACUUGAGAUUAGCGGCUAUGAGUCAGAAGUCACGGAGUUAGUUCCUCGGCUCAAAAACUACAUUGGCUACGUCAACUACACAUCGUCCUGGUGCGACUCGGAGAACCAAGACGAUUGCUUCGGACCCGGAAGUGACGAUGCGUAUGCCGCGGAUGAUCUAAGCGCGUCCUGGCGUCUGUGGGCCUACCAGUAUUGUUCGCAAUGGGGCUACCUCCAAACCGGCUCCGGCGUCCCAGAAGAUCAGCUUCCGUUGAUUUCACGCCUGAUUGACAUCAACUACUCCACAGUCAUCUGUCGCAAGGCUUUCAACAUCACCUCGUUACCUGACGUAGAAGCCAUCAACAAAUACGGUGGUUAUAACUUCAGCUACCCUCGCGUAGCCAUCAUUGAUGGCGAAUCCGACCCAUGGCGAUCUGCGACUCCCAACAAGAUCGGGCUCCCGCGACCCGAAUCGACCACCGAGGAACCUAACUUGGUCAUUACGGGCGGAGCAGUUCACCACUGGGACGAGAAUGGCAUUUUCAAGAACGAGACAACGGUUGACCUGCCACCGUUGCCUGUCAAAGAGGCCCAGAGCUUCGAGGUGGAGUUUGUACAAGCUUGGCUCAAGGAAUUUGCUGCGACGAGAAAGUAG